AUGGAGGAGCCAGUCGAACACUCGACCAAUCUUCCUGAGAUACUGAAAGAAUCCGACGAUUCUGACGAAGGUUCCAUCGCAUCGAUCAUUACAGAAACAACAUCAAAAUUAGUUCUUCCACCAGCUCCUAGAACAGAAGUGCAUCGUCCUGCUGUUACAAUGAGAAAACCAAGCGCUGAUGAACAUGAUCCUGCGAAGGCAGCCUACGAACAUAUAAAAAAGAUUCGUGAGAGAUUUGGUGUCGACAGUAAUCUCGAUCCUACCAGUCAAUCCAUCGUCAGUAAUUACCAAGGCCUACUCGAACGAAGUUUAGAAAAAUUGUCUAAAGAUCUUUUCUGUGAACAAGCUCAUUUUGUCUUGGAAGUGAUUCAGAAUGCCGAUGAUAAUCAAUAUGCACCUGAUCGUUGGCUCACACUUCGUUUUAUUCUAUCGUCUGAGCGGAUUCCUGUUUUUACUCAAUGGUUUCUCUGCAUCGAUUACAGUAUUCAACAGCAGCGAGAAAAUCCAGAAUUCAAUCUUAGUGAUGAUGGUGAAUCAGAAAUGACAAGUAUGAAUGAAUUGAGACGAAUGAAGAUCAUCCCAUUACGAGACCAAGCACGCCUCGUCUCGAUCGACGAAUUCGAUCAACGAACCAUCCUAUUUCCAUUAGAUAAGAAAACUCCAUAUGCGAAGUAUCUUCGAGUAGUUCUCGAAGAUACUCUGAUGAUUGAUGAACGUCUUCUGAACUUGAUUGAAGAAAAAUAUCCACGACGCUUCGAGUCCAUCAAACGUUUACUGAAAGAGUUGGGAUUGACCGAGGCAUUGAAUAUUCGAAGCAUUUAUUUCAAUCAAAUUUUACCUGUGAUGAUGGACGAUGCACAAUGGCCGACCAAAUCUGACCCCGUUCUCAUUGCUUAUCUCAUUUGUAAUUUCAAAGAUCUUUAUGCUGUUCAACCAGAUUGA